AUGGCGACCAUCGUCGCCAGCAGAGCAGCUUCAAUGGAGAAAACGACCAGCUUCUUUCGACUCUCUUUCAAUUUCUUCAGAAACUUUAGCUCUUCCACCACGACCAUUAAUACUACGACUUCGGCGGCGAGUGUUGGAACCAAGAAUUCAAAGAGGAAGAAUCUAUUUGAGGUGGUUCAGUUUCUACCCAACUGGGGUAUCGGGUACCAAAUGGCCAAGACUCAUUGGAUCGGCGUUUCUUAUCAGAUCACUAGGAUUAAUCUCUACAGGGACGGUAGACACGGGAAAGCUUGGGGAAUUGUUCAUAAGGACGGCUAUGCUCAUGGGCAUAUGGAGCACAUUGCAUGA